CGAGACGAUGGAGACGCUGAGGAACUGCACYGUGGAGGAGCUCCGGGAGCUGCAGGAUAACGCGGAGGAGAUCGAGCGCCUGGCCUUGGACUCUCGGGAGGUUCAGGAGCUGCAGCUGGAAAGGGAGAUGGCCCUUGCUGCCAAUCGCAGCCUGGCCGAGCAGAACCUGAAGUUCCAGGCGCCGCUGGAAACGGGCCGCACCGACCUCUCCAACAAGUACGAGGAGCUGCAGAGGCUGGCUGAGCGCUGCAAGGAGCAGAAGGCCAAACUGGAGAAUUUUGCAGCAGCRUUGCAUCCUCAGGCCUUGCUGGAUCUUCUGCAGGUGGAAAGUCAGAAAAUCGAAGAAGAGUCGGAGAAUAUGGCUGAGAAGUUCCUGGAGGGUGAGGUGCCGCUGGAGACGUUUCUGGAGCAGUUCUCCGUUAUGAGGAAGUUGUCCCACUUGCGCCGGGUCCGAGUCGAAAAGCUUCAGGAGCUCCUGAAGAAGCCAGAAGCGCCGCAGGAGCCGAGCAGAGACUCUCAGCAGCGUCUACCUCCUCCCGUGCCCGCGGAGCAGCCGCAGCCCUUCCCGCCCGGCGCUGCCCCCUUCCCCUUGCCCUACAGCCCGGCGCCGGGCCAGCCGGCGGGCCCCACGGCGCACGGAGCGCUGCCCGCCGCUCCGUUCUCCGGAGCGCCGCUCGCCGUGCCGCACGUGGCCUCCUCGCAGCCCGGCGGCCAGCCCGCCUUUCCCUAUAAGCCUCCCGCGGGUGCCGGCUACCCGGCGCUGCCUGCCGAGCUGGCCCCGGGCUAUCCCAAGCCCCUGAGCGGAGGCUCCUCUUCWGCACCCGGAUACCCUUGGUCGCCGUCCAGAGGCCCCCCUGCUGCCCCCCCGGCCUCGCAGCCCUCUCCUCCGCCCCCGAGGCCGGGCUACCCCCCGUACUUCUCUCCCGCGGCGGGGAGACCUCAGUGCCCGUACCCAACGCAGCCGCCGCUCCCGGGUUUCCCAAUCCCUCCCCAGCCUCCCUAUCCGUCUGGGCCGCCGCCUCCCUUUGGCUACCCGCCRCCUCCGAACCCGCAGCGCCCUGCUUGGCCUGGCUACUAAAUCCGGACUCUCGAGGCUCCUCCUGCUCCUGGACGGAGGA